AUGCAACCAACUCCACGCCACCUCAAAGAAGCGAGAAUACCUUCCAACCAACACGAUGGUGGAAAAUCAGAUCUUGAUCCCACAGAAUGGAAGCCCUCUGAAAACGCUCCACUCUCAGACGAUGAUCACGGUCCCAAACCCAAAUUGACCGGUAGCAAAGGCAGACAGGAAAUUAAUCGGCCAGCCUUAAGCGACGGAAAUAGCAAUAAGGAAGCAACUCAAUAUCUCGCCAAGUUCCACCCCUCCAGCAAUGGAAAUCCCCGCCUCUCAGGUCCAGCCAACAAGGGUAGUCGCACUCUGCCACCACUAUCUCGUGCCUCGACAGCAACAGCCAGUAGCACAGCUUCCAGUACCUCAAGUCUCUCGGGCUCGCCAUACUCGCUUCUUUCGCCUCCACCAGUCAGUGUAGCCACGACUUCGAUCACAGCCCAUUCUGACAACAGCGGAAACAGCUUUGAGGGCUUGAGCCUUCAGGAAAAGAAUGAAUUAAAAUAUGAAAAGCGGAGGGUCAAAGUGCCCGCAAGGAAGAGCGCUGCCAGCGGGAGCUUGAAGAAGUUGCUAGGAAGCCAGCUUUAG